UUAGACCUAAUAAAUAUUGUUUCUGGGCAAAAAAAGCAAAAAACCUCACCGUGGUCAGCGUUCAUCUUCGUCAAUCACAAGUCACCAUUCAGCAGUCAAUCUUUAAAUAAUCCAUGAUACGAACCCCCGGGAAAAAUUGAGAGUUUUUUCUCUGUGGACACCGAUUCAGGUGUUAACGAUCUUGCUCUCUCUCGCUCACUGUUAUUUGUAUUACCUGCAGACGCAGAACAGCUGCGUCCUAUCCCAACCCAAGUAGCUGGAAAAGUAAUCUCAACAGCAGCAGCAAUUUAAUCGACCAAGAAAAUGGCUCAAGAGUCACUGACGGAAACCCCAGUCAUCUCGUCAAAUACUCUAUCGCAGACAGAUUCAUCUCUUUCUAGAAGCGUUUCUUUUAGCCGGCUCAAUGCACAGGCACCAGAAUUUGUGCCCACUCGACCCACCCCACGAACCGAUUUGCAGCAGCAACCUAGACCCGUACUACUUCCGCCUCCUUCUCCUCCUUCGGCAUCAGGUAUGGUACAUGUUUACUCACCAUCCCCAUCUUCGCCGUUCCAUAUACCGAUUCGAGGCCACGUACCAGUCGCUAAUCACCACCACCACCGCCACCAUCAUGUUCCGGUUCACUACCGGUCUCAUCAUCACCCUCAUCAAUAUCAUGUUAGCUCCGAUUCGGCUGUGCAGCAACCUCAGCAGUCUCACGUUGAGCCAGAUCACACUCCUUUCAAAAGCAAGCAUUCCGACGACGCUGAUCAGAAAAUUUUAAAACAGGUGGAAUAUUAUUUCAGUGAUUUAAACUUAGCUACUACUGAUCAUUUGAUGAGGUUCAUCAACAAAGACCCAGAAGGUUUUGUCCCGCUAUCUGUUGUUGCUUCUUUCAAGAAGAUUAAGGCCCUCAUAACCAGCCACUCCCAACUUGCAAAUGUUUUGAGGAACUCAUCAAAGCUUGUAGUUAGUGAAGAUGGAAUGAAAAUCAAACGCCAGUACUCCCCAACCGAGUCUGAUAUCGAAGAGCUACAAUCUCGCAUUGUUAUAGCUGAAAACCUACCCGAGGAUCAUUGCCAUCAGAAUCUUAUGAAGGUUUUUUCUGCUGUUGGGAGUGUGAACACUAUCCGUACAUGUCCACCUCAAACCUCCAAUAAUGGAACUUCGUCUGCUUCAAGAUUGGGAAAAGUUGACGGCAUACCUUUAUCUAACAAGUUGCAUGCAUUUGUUGAAUAUGAAUCUGUUGAGCUGGCUGAGAAUGCGAUUGAGAACGAAUGGCAGGUCGCUGAGCUAAAUGAUGAGGGAAACUGGCGGAGCGGCCUCCGUGUUCGUCUAAUGCUUAAUAAACAUACGCCAAAACCUACUCAGGGACGGGGAAGGAAGGGACUUGAUGUUGAAGUUAGCUGUGAAGAGGAUUAUACUUCUGCGCGUGAGCCACAGACAAAUGAGAAACAAUUAGAGGAUGCUUCCUUUCCAGAUACUCAGCUGCAUGAUUAUGUGCAGGGAGAAGAGCAUGGUUAUGACAAAGAGAGUGGACAGAGGAAGGGGCGGAGGCGAGCUAAGGGACGUGGCCGAGUUCAUUGUCAUCAAAAUAAUCGUGUAAAUCAUCACUUGGGAACCCCCCCUUCAAAUAAUUCAUAUUUUACCGAUCAAGUGGUUGCCAAACAUCCUCCAGGGCCCCGCAUGCCAGAUGGUACAAGAGGAUUUUCAAUGGGUCGGGGGAAGCAUGUAGCUGUUAAUAUAUAGCAUAAUUUUGUUUAAUCAAAUGCAUAAACAAGUUAAUUGUGGAAUGGUGUCUGGCUGUGGCAAUUCUCAAACCUUUAUUUUCUUAAAUAUGGGGCAUUUAUCGAACUUUAAUUUUAAUUACCCUAGUGUUUGAUAUUUUUUUUCCUGCAAUUUCUUAAAUCAUCAAUUAUGGCCUCUGAUGAGUUUUUUUUGGAAAAAAAAAACUGAUGUGGCAAAAUUUAAUGCGAUGCAAUGCGUAACAUGGAUUAAUUA